AUGACUUUGGAAGAUCCAUUUUAUGUUGUGAAAGAUGAGGUGUUCCGGGCAUUAAAUAAAACUCGUGGUUUGUACCUACGCUGGCAAGAGUUGUUAACAUCCCCAGUACUUCCGAAUUCUGCAGAAGUUGAAUGGACCUCAAUAGAACUUCGAAGUGCCCUGCGUAGCAUAGAAUGGGACUUAGAAGAUUUAGAAGAUACUAUCAAUAUCCUUUUAAAACAUGAGAAAAAUUCCUCUAAAUUUAAAAUAGACCAUAAAGAGAUUUGUGACAGAAGAACUUUUAUAGAGGCUACUAAGCAGGAAGUCCAGGUCAUGAAGAAUAAAACAAGUAUCAACAGAAAUAUUGAUAAUGAUGGAACAGCGCAAGAACCUCUUUUAGGUGAUGGCAGUCCCAGGAGAAGCAGGAACAUGUGGACUCCAACACCAAAAUGCUCUAAGAAGAAAUAUUUGAAGCUUAAUUCAGAGACUGAUAGUCCUAACAGGUCUAAUGAAUUUGAAAAUGGAAUGGGUCCACCAGACCAAGAAGAAAUGUUAGAAGCACAAGAUGAGCAAUUAUCUAUGAUAAACAACUCUGUGAACACACUAAAAUCUGUGUCUACUUACAUUGGACACGAAUUAAAUGAUCAGACAAUAUUGAUAGACGAUCUUAACUCGGAGAUGGAAAUGACUGAUUCGCAAUUACACAUUACGAUUAUGAGAGUCACCAAGGCGCUACAUUUAACUAAUGAUAAAUAUCAGUGUGCUGGCAUUGUGAUAUUAAUAGCAAUUUUGUUAUUAUUAUUAAUUUUAUUCGUUGUUUUAUAA